AUGGCGGACACGAGCUCGGUGCAGAUUGCGGUGCGGAUGCGGCCGUUCAACGAGCGUGAGAAGAAGCUCAAGACGGCCAAGUGCGUGGAGAUGGUCGGCCAGAUGUGCACGGUGACGGACCCAGAGUCGGGCAAGGAGCGGCAGUUCUCGUUCAACUACUGUUAUGACUCGUUCCAGCCGGGGUCGGAGCACUUUGCCUCGCAGGAGAUGGUCUUUCGCGACCUGGGCAUCUCGUACCUGGAGAACGCGUGGAAGGGGUACAACUGCUCGAUCUUUGCGUACGGGCAGACCGGGGCCGGCAAGUCGUACUCGAUGACUGGCGCGCCGGGCCAGCCGGGCAUUAUUCCGCGCGGGCUGGCGGAGAUGUUCCAGCGGAUUGACGCCAAUGACGAUCCAGACCUCUCGUUCCGAGUCGAGGUCUCGUUCCUGGAGAUUUACAUGGAAAAGGUGCGCGACCUGUUUUCGGCGACGCCGACGGCCGGUAGCCUCAAGGUGCGCGAGAGCCCCAAGCUCGGGAUCUAUGUCGAAGGCCUCAAGAAGGAGCGUGUGGCGUGUUAUGAGGACGUAGAGCAGCUGAUGGAGCUGGGCAACACCAUGCGAACGGUGGCGCAGACGAACAUGAACGCGGUGUCGUCACGGUCGCACUCUGUGCUCACUGUCCUGCUCACGCAGACGCGAAUCAACAAGGAGUCGAUGACGGCGUCGGACAUGACGAGUAAGAUCAACCUCAUUGAUCUCGCCGGCUCUGAGCGGCAGGGCAAGACUGGGGCCGAGGGCCAGCGGCUCAAGGAGGGCUCGGCGAUCAACCAGUCGCUGACGGCGCUGGGCAACGUGAUCGAGGCGCUGGCAGACAACUGCGUGGCGUCGGCGUCGGGUAAGAAGAAGGCCAAGAAGCGGCUGGUCCCGUACCGUGACUCGAAGCUGACUCGGAUUCUGCAGGAGAGCCUGGGUGGCAACGCCAAGACGAUCAUGGUUGCGGCGAUUUCGCCGGCGGCAGACAACUUUAAGGAGACGCUCUCGACGCUGCGGUACGCGAAUCGGGCAUCGAAGAUCCAGAACGUGGCGGUGAUCAACGAGUCGCCGAACGAGAAGGUCAUCCGCGAGCUGAAGGACGAGGUGACGCGGUUGAAGGCCAUGCUGGCGGCGGCCAACGGCACAGCGGGGCGCUGCUGUCGGAGGACGAGCUCAAGAAGCAGGAAGAGAUGGCGGCUGAGCUAG